GCAGAGCCAGGGCGGGGCUCUUCACCGGGUCCGGCAGCUGAAGCUCGGCGCUCGGGUUACCCCUGCAGCGACGCCCCCUGGUCCCGCCGCUGUCGCCACCGCCGCUCCCGCCCCUCAGCUCCUCGGCCGCGCCAUGGGCACCCGCGACGACGAGUACGACUACCUCUUUAAAGUUGUCCUUAUUGGAGAUUCCGGUGUUGGAAAGAGUAACCUCCUGUCUCGAUUUACUCGGAAUGAGUUUAAUCUGGAAAGCAAGAGUACCAUUGGAGUAGAGUUUGCAACAAGAAGCAUCCAGGUUGAUGGGAAAACAAUAAAGGCGCAGAUAUGGGACACAGCAGGGCAGGAGCGGUACAGGGCUAUAACAUCUGCAUACUAUCGUGGAGCAGUAGGCGCGUUACUGGUUUAUGACAUUGCUAAGCAUCUCACAUAUGAAAAUGUAGAGCGAUGGCUGAAAGAACUGAGAGACCAUGCUGAUAGCAACAUUGUUAUCAUGCUUGUGGGUAAUAAAAGUGAUUUACGCCAUCUCAGAGCAGUUCCUACAGAUGAAGCAAGAGCUUUUGCAGAGAAGAAUGGUUUGUCAUUCAUUGAGACAUCUGCUUUAGAUUCUACAAAUGUUGAAGCUGCUUUUCAGACAAUUCUAACAGAGAUAUACCGCAUUGUUUCUCAGAAGCAAAUGUCAGACAGACGUGAAAAUGACAUGUCUCCAAGCAACAAUGUGGUUCCUAUUCACGUUCCUCCUACCACUGAAAACAAGCCAAAGGUGCAGUGCUGUCAGAACAUCUAAGGCGUCUCUCUUCCCCUAGAAGGCUGUGUAUAGUCCAUUUCCCAGGUCUGAGAUUUAAAUAUAUUUGUAAUUCUUGUGGUCACUUUCUGUGUUUUAUUACUUCCUCACACUUAAAAAUCUUCUCAUGUCUUGAGUCUUUUGAUUUUUGCUUUAUAAAAUCAUAAACUUUGUCCUGAAUGACUGCAGUUCUUUUAAAUGCUAUGGCUUCUCUAGCCUUAGUUUAAUAAACUGAAUGUUUGAAUUCCUCA